UUCCACUUUUGGAUUAUAAGUCCUGUCUUGCCGGAUUAACCAGGCAAACUGGACCAGAGUAGAGGUUUAGCAAACGUUGGCUAGCAGACGUGGAGAUCAGACGGCCUUAUGUCUUGAUAUAAUUACGGAUCAACUAGUCCUUUGGUGUAGAUGCGAAUAGCCAGCUUCUGUAACACAGUUAUUGGGGAUUUUCCCAAAGGACAAGCUACAUGUUAAACUAAUUCGGUUAGUAAGACUGAACAAUAAACGCUAAGUGUCGAAUACUAUAUUAGUUUAGUUGGCCUUUUGUCUAGAGCAGUAUAAAUAAAUGAGCUAAUAUCGUUGAAAGUGGGAGAUAUAAACUGAAAAAGCAGCAGAAUGAUCUGGUUGAUAUGUUUCUGAGUGGCUUUCAAUACAUAUUAUUCCUCAUUUAUCAACGUGUGCAUCUGAAAUUGGUGAUUUCAAUGAAGUAUUCUAUGACUGCUGGCACCAGUACAUCGUCUGCUACAGUACAGAACCGAGAAAUUGAUUCUUGAAACGAAGUAAGUCGACUGUUUUCAUUGGAAAUAAACCUUGCUCAAACAGAGAAAACUGAGAGACCGUGUUUGAUUGGAUGAUAAGACCAGUCACUUGGUUUCCGUUAAACAUACCACGUGAUCUGUGUAAUACUAUUAGGAUCAGUUUCUUCAAUGCCGUUAGAAAGGAUUAAAGGCAGUACUGAUUCAUAAGUCGACAGAGAACACGAACAACCUCGACUAACAAGUACUAGUUACAUGUCAAACAAGAAGAGGUGGAUUACAUAGCAUUGUUAAACUUUACUUUCUAAACGGCUGUAUGACGCAUUUAACAACACACUUCUAUUUAUUUUUGCUUGUUGACAUGUUGUAAGAGAAAAAAAUAUGUUGUUUGCAGAAAAGUGAACAAUUAAAACAAUAUGAUUAGAGUCUCGGAGACAACUGCACAAGUUAUGGAAACUGUCACAUGCAACAAUUCAGCUGGAAAGAUUCUUGGAACUGCGGUGUGCAAGAUGCCUGAGCCGGAAGUAACGACAACAGAAAUAUCUUUGAUGAGUGUCUUUUUGGGGAUCGUGAUUUUGGCUAGUAUUGUUGGAAAUAUUUUGGUGUUCGUGGUUUUCAUCAAGAAGAGAUGUCUAUUGACGAUAUCCAAUCGUUUUGUGUUAAACCUUUCCGUGUGCAACAGUUUCAACAUCGUAUUAGUUAUGCCAUGUGUGUUGGUAUCGCUUAUUGCUAAACAGUGGGUUUUGGGUGAUGCUUGGUGUCAGAUAACUGGCUUCAUCAUGAACGUUGUGUUCGGUGCCAGUACAUUAACUUUAUUAGUGAUUUCCAUAGACCGCUACUGUGCUGUUGUGACACCGCUGCAUUAUUCCUUAUUAGUGACAUCACAGAGAUGUUAUCUCAUGAUUGCUGGAGUGUGGAUGGUCGCAAUUGUUUCAUCUCUUCCACCUUUGGUUGGCUGGAACCGUAUGGAAUUUCAAAAGAACAAAAUGAUCUGCACUGUAAAAUGGUCGAGUGAGGACACGGUAGACCGGUACUAUACAUUGUUCCUAGUAACGGUAUGUUUUGUUCUACCGUUGUUGGGUAUGUUGUUUGCAUACACCGUGAUAUUUCGUGCAGCAAGGACAAAUAAUGAGCGCACACGGCGUAGUAGCAUUGUACCUUCGACGGCAUCCGAUGACAGUGUACAAUCCCCGCUCAAAAACGGAAGACGCAGAAGCAGUACCGCUUCCAUACUAGCUCGUCGGGUGAGUUCGUCGGGUAGACUGGGAUCAUUGCUGCUCCGACGGGAAGAAUGGAAAGCCGCUGUAACCAGCUUUUUGAUAGUUUUUACUUUCAUAACGUCGUGGUUACCUUAUUUUAUUGUCAUUGUUUUAGAAUCUCUAUUAUCCAAAGCGACAAUUCAACACCCAGCAGUAGGGAUUACCUCUAUUAUCUUAGCCAUGGCAAGUUGUGCGGUCAAUCCAUUUGUCUAUGUGUUUAGAAGCAAAAGACUACGCGAGGAAAUAAAGUGCAUUUUACUCAACAGACGAACAAAAGUACAGUUGAUUUCCAUCAACAGAACAGGGUCGGAUCUGACAAGACCACCCGUAUUAGUGAAUCCAGAAAAGCCGUUACACGUCUCUGCCACUUCUACGACACUAACAUCAUUAGCUUCCAAUCCAAGCAAUUCGUCGUUUCACAGUUAAGUCGAGUGUUCAUUGUCUACUAUUUUGACGCAAGUAACAUGAUAGACUAGUGAUAAACUUAUUAAGUUAGGACGUUAAAUUUACCUUGCUGUGAGAUUGAAAUGAACAAUAAACUCAAACGUUGGAGGUUGGCAUUAAUGUCAAGUCUCUACGUAUCAGAUGGUAGACAAAAUAACAACGUAGUGAUCAGUUAAUCUGUCAAAUAUUGUACUAUUUCCAGACAUGUUAGUUUUUAAUUUAUAACUUCUAUGAAUUGUGUGUUAGAUGUUCGUAUCAAGUAUUUUGAUAUUCUAUAUUAUUCUGGUUACAAGUUUGUAAUAAUAUUAAUAUGCGAUUCGGUUUUUUUAUUUAUUUAAUUUUGAUAUUUUUGUGCUAUCUGUGUAUCAUGUGUUUUGUACGGUAGUCAUAAUAAUUCUUGUCAUUAUGUUUCUUGUCAAACAAGUGCUAAUUUAAAUAUUAUACAUAUAUAUAUUAUGUGUAUUUAACAAUUUAGCUCAAUAUUUACGAGCGAUGUCGAUAAAAUUAAAUUGCUGAUAGACAAGUAUUCUGUGACUUUGAAACAUAUUUAAUGCGAUGAUUUUCUUACCUGUAUCAAUAAAACAAAAUAAUCGAUUUUGUGAUUGCAUCGUUAGACCGUGACAUAAUCCUUGAUUGUCAUAGUGGUUGUAAUCACUGAACCUUCAAACCCUUAUAAUCACCAUUGAGACUAAUUAUAAUUAGAUAUCUAAAUCACUAGCAGUAAUUAGUUUUACUCACUAAUUAAAUUUUUUUAAAAACAUAAUUGAAUCCAAUUCCCCAUAAACGUUAAAGCAGCUUUCUUGUACAGUUUUGGGUUUAUAAUACGUUAAGGCGAUUAUAGUGGCUUUUAACUAUACAAAACGCAUAUUAAAGUAAACUUUAAUGCUAAAAGAUUAGCUAGUAAUAAUUAUCGUAAAUGUACCAUUAUGCUCAACUAUAAUAUCUGAAUAAUACUCUGUCAGCAACAAUACGACUUAUUUGAUGUCAAUUUGUACCAAUUAAAUAGUAUAUUUUUGUACGAUGUUAACUUUCAAUGAAUGUCACAUAAUUAUUGUAUUAUCUUAUACGCAUCAAUAUUAAUAACAUUUUUUGUUAAUGUUAUAUGUUAUUUUUUUUUACGGAUAUUUGGUUAUAAUUUAAAUAAUGUACUGUGAAAUACUGAUUUGAUAAGACUUAACUAUUAGAAAACCAUUAUUAUCUGUAUAGGCAUAUAGAGCAGUUCAUUUAUUUACGUUAUUGUUCUCAAAAGUGAUACAUUUUUGGACUGGGAACUAGUUCCCGACCCCUACCCAUCUGGUCGUUCUAGUGGGGGGGGAGGGGAGGCGUCGCUCUCCUAAGAAAGAAUACUAUGGCUCCGUCAAUUCAAGUACGACUGACAUGGAAGGAACUUGUCAUGCUUAUUCUUUUUUCCAUAGUUUGAACAUUUCAAAUCACCCUUUCAGAUUUCGUGUCCCCUACCUAACAGUCUCACUUGGUGUAAGUAUUUCUCAUUUCGGGCAGCCGACAAAAUACAAAUCUUGAGUAUUUUGAGAUAACUGGCUAUAGCUGGUAUAGAAUUGAUUUUCCAUAUGAGAAUGUGUAAUCAUCAUGUAUCUAACUAGCACGUCAAUAUUUAUUCUACGCUUAUCAUUAUGUCACACGGAUACACUAAACUCAGUCAUUUUACUUUGAAAAUAUUACGCUUCACAAUGAUUGAUCGAUUGUUAUCCGGGAAUAACUCAAGUGCUCAAUGAAUAUUGUCAUUGAUAAAAUAUCUCUACGAAUGGCGUUUGGUUGUCACCAUGUCUGGAAGUCAAGUUAACGUUUUGAUACACGGAAAAAUCAAUUUGAAAUACUAGUAAAAGAAAUGGUCAUUUGACAAUCGUACUGGUGUUAAAACCAUAGUUACUGUAAAUAUACCCACUUCAUUUAUGGGUAUUUAUUUUUUUAAUUUGUGAUAUAUUACGUUAUUCAUUCAAUUUUGGUGCUUUUGUUAAAUAUCUGAUAUGUCGUCUGUUUGAAUACGUAUCUUUUAUGAAAAACAUAUAGAUGUUGUAUAUUUAUUGGAUACGUUUAGUGAAAAUUGUUUUGAUUAAAUCCAUUUUGAUAUUGUCGUGCACUGAUGAUUUGAUGUUAUUUAUACAUGCAUACACAAUACACGUAUAUGAAUUUAAAUAUAUUUUUAAUAUCUUUAAAAGGUUAGAUUUUGUUUAGUUAUUGUGUCGUCUGUAUUAAGUCGGAAUGUUUUCACCGUUAUAUAAGUCAUUAAAUAAUCUAUUAUUUAAAUCGUAUCUCGUUAUCUCGUUAAGUAUACCGUAAAACAUUUAUCGUGGUUUUCAGAUGUCUAUUGUAUUUAAGUUUGUAAUUUAUAUUUAAUGUUAAAUAGUGUUAGUUCCUUGGAAAGAAUAUUGCGCAAGUGAUGUUUUCCCCUAUAUAAUCACGACAUUUUUUUUAGCGUGGCGCCAACAGCAUUAUGUAUUGUAUUUCGUCAUUCGGUGUUUUUAAAUUGUUUUUACAGUUUUGAUUUAAGGUCAGUAGAAACAUAGAUAUUUGUAAGAUCAAAAAUGCGUGUUGUUUGAUUUCAUAUUUUCAUAAAUUUAAGGUCAUGAACGUAUUUUGAAAUAUUUCCAAGAUCAAAUUUGUGUAUCGUUUGUUUUCAUAUAUAAUACCUAUCAUAUACUAUACGUAGGUGUAUCAUAUAUAAUCCCUGGUUAGACUUACAUUCCGUGACUCCAUAUAUAGAAAUUAUUAAUGUUAUUUAGCGAGUUAGAUAUAAUUAACUUAGUAAGCCAUGGCAUUUUUUUAAUCUUUAAAGGAAAAAACUGUUGUCAUAGAAACCAAUUCGAAGAAUCUGAUAUGCAUGUUAAAAGAAAGGAAACUAAAGCUUGUGCUAAUAUUGAUAAUUUGUAGAUAUCAACCUUAAAAUAUAAUUAAACAUAUGUCUUUAUUUUCACGGUGAAAAAAAAAACAAGUUAAGUUAUAAAUAAAUGAAUAUGGCUCACGUGUCAAACACUUGUAAAACAGAAUUAAAUGGAAAAACAAUUUUUCAAUAAACUAUUUAAUCGAAUCGAUAGGCUUUGCAUUGUUUGAAAAGUUCAGUUGAAAUAAUUUCAUAGUUCAAAAUAUUCACGGGAGGUUUUGAGGUUGAGCUCCGUUUCUAAUAAAUUCUAUAUUAAACUUAUUAGGUGAUCAUUUAUUAUUUCAAAGGAAAUAUCCGGAUUUGCUAAGAAAUCCCCACAGAAUAUGGACUCAUCCAGACCUACACAGAAUUAUUUAUAUAAGAGUAUUCUGAAAUGGAUACACUUUCCGUUAAACGGUAAAAUGCAUAUUAGACAUUUUUGAUAGUUUAAGAGAGGUUAUAGCUUUAAUGCAAAAAUGUACGUUUCUUGUUUUUAGAAAUCAAAUGGAACUGAUCAGUUAAUUUAGAUAAUUAUGUUGUCUUUUAUUAUCGACAAAAAUGACAAAUUACAUAUAAAAAUGAUUUGACGAUUGGCCAAUUUUUGUAUUGUUGAUGUUUUGUAUCUAUCGAUUUUUAAAAAAAAACCAAACCCAUAGUUUCAUAUUGUAUAAUCUAUAAUAUAUAUCCUUCAGCAUUUUGUAUUUAAUUGAAUUCAAUAAUAUGUAGGUUAACUUCCAUAUUUUAAAACAAACAGCAACCAUACUUUGGUGUAAUAAAUAGAUUUUGGUAUGUGAUCUUUGCUAUUAUAUCAUCGUAUCAUGUUGAUAUAUAUCGUUUCAUUUUAAGCGCGAUAUACAUUACAAAAUGAGUGUUGAACUGAAUAGUUUCGUUUUGUGUAGCCCACAAAUUUACAUAAUAUGUGUAAUUACAGUAACUGUAUUGUAGUCGUGUAAGAUUUAUGUUAACUUUGGUUGAUAUUUUUCUGUAUUUUGGAUGUGUAUAUUUUACAGUAUUUUGAAUUGAAUAAUUUUCUAUAUUUGUAUUUUUGUAUGGUAGAUUAAUUAAUGUUUAAUAUUUAAUGAUCUUAAAGCACCCACAAUGUGUAAAUGUGCCAUAAAUUGGAAGAGAUAAUUUGUAUGUAAGCAUGUAUGGUCGUUUUUUUUGUCUGUCAUUUGUCGCGGACAGUGACGACAUUGUAAUACUCAAUUCGAUAUUCAAAAAUUCCAUGUAUUUGCGAGUUUGUUUUGCGUAUCAAAUGCGCAAUGGGAAUGUAUAACUCAGGGAGUUGUGUUGUUAUUUUUUGUUACUAUUAUUAUGAAUAUUCAUAUCGUUUUGUACAACGAAAUAAAUAUUGUAAAAAUA